UUUGCCCCUAGUGUUCCAGGUACAAAAUGAUUGGAUUAGACCUAACAAAGAGUUUUAACAAAGUCACAACUGGUUAUUCGACAAGAAUAAAACAUGCUUGAAGAAAGAAUGAUCAGAUAGCAAUAAGAAGAUCAUACAGAUAAAACGCUGUGUAUUAUUACUAGUACUUCUUCUGUUCCACUUCAAGCACAGCUCCAGAGUAUUUUCUCAAUCUUAAUCUUAAGUUUAGCCAUUCUAUUGACCAAACUGUGUGGACUAUUGGUCUCUUGUGAGCGUGAAGAUAUUUUCUUGAGCGACAAUGGUUUGCUUUCUCAAAUCCCACGAGCAGGUUCGUGUUAUAUCCCAGAGAAUUGGCACGUAAGUAUGUAAUGUGUGGUUUGAGUUCUUUUCAGCACGACAAACAAGGUCCAAACCCUGACAAAACACCACAGGUGAAACCAAAUAAAUCGUUGUGUUCACUCAGCUUUGUGCUGUGAAGGAGGCUGCACCGUCUAAAGGUCAGAGAGAAAAGCAGUAACGUAAUACCACAAACUGCAUAACGUACACAAUGCUGACUCUGGGGCCUGCAGGACGCACACAUGUGAAUCUGCAAGUGCACCGCUCAAGAAAUGAAGUUAAAUUUCCUUUUUGGAAACCACUGUCGGUACACGUGUUUAAUAGCAUUUGGCACGCUGGAAUUAGUACAGCCUCAGUGUUGUUGUGACCAUUUGUUAAACUGAUGAAUCCCACAGAGGAUAAACUAUCGAUUCCAAAUAAUUCAAUUUAGUUACAUGCCAACAGCAGUUUUGUAGGUGGGUAUAGUUUAACAUGUACAAUGAAACAAGAGGCCAGAAUACAGUGUUGUGUGUAUUUAACACAGACAAAUAAAAAUGAAAGUCUCGAUGGAUGCAAAUACAACCAUCUGUUCUUUCUCUCUAUGCAAUAAUGGUAUAAAACCACAUCACAGGGAGGUCGUCUCCACCAUGCGGAAGAUAUCGCAUCAAAAAUAAAACCCCACACGUACUGGAAUGUCAUGAGGCAGCUGUUUUUCAGAAUGGAAAUGUUGAUAUAGUGACGUGCUCUCGCUCUCCUGCACACAAACACUGAACUAUUCUGCCUGGAGCCAGUAGCGGAUAUGAGUCACACUGCGCACACACACACACACACACACACACACACUCUGAUGGAUAUAAUCAACAUAUGCACAUUCACCCCGUUCAGACAUCAGUUACUCGUGGGAGACAUUGUCUCUUCGAGCUGCUUAAAAACAACCUCCAUUCAGAAGAAGUCCCGCCGGUUGAUCCCUCGCCGGCACCCACUACGAUUGUGUCGUGACUUCUGCCGAGUGUUUUCCAACAGUGUGGUGUCUGGGUGUUGCGUCCCCGGUUUUGAGUCACUCUUCCUUUUUUUUCCGGCAUCGUGUGCCUGUCUGUGUGCGACGCACUGACGUCAUGGCAACGCAGUGGAAAGUGCAAACAUUUGUUCCCAACCCCAUUCCCUCGGGUGAAGAGAUUUAUAUUAAUAGAACAACAGUCUGAUGCAUCGCUGUGGUCUCUUGAAAAAUGAGUACUAGUCUCUUAUAAAUGUGUUGCCUUAAAUCUCACGACCCUUUUGAAAUGAUCCCAAUGCAUUACUGCAUAAUUGCAGGAGGUCCGUACUGUGAUAAAAGCGGCUCAAUUUUGAUUCCAGACCAAAAUGUCAAUUUCAUUUUUGCUCGGUGAUUUUGGAAAAGUACUACGGGCGAUGGAAAAUAACCGCUGUAACAUUGCUGCCUGUAAUUUGGGCUCUGUUACAACAUGCAAAGCAAGGAAGUUGUUAUUGCAAAACAAAAACACCCUUUAGCGACUCAUUGUUACCCAGCUGUGCAGCCGUUAACCCGGAGAACGGGUACAUUUCAAUGGCCGGCAGUUUGAUGUGUGUUUAAUUGUGAGGGUGGGACUCCGUGUUAGUGCAUCCGUCACACAUCUCACACACACACACCCGAGCUUCAGUGUGUGUGUGUGUGUGAGAGAAAGCAGCGGUUUGGAUUGCGCAGUGUUGCCCUCGCUGCCGCACCAGCACAUCCUGUAAUAAUCUGUCUUGCCUGGUGACGUCUACACUUCUUACGCUCUGUCCCUCCCUCCCUCCCCCUCCCGAGGCUUUAUAGUGGGAAGCAAGGCAUUAGUUCUGCAUUCACAGUCACGGUCAUUGUCACAGUCUCCCGGUUUGAAUCAGCUGACAGGAACACACCGUGUAAAAAUAGGCGUUAAGGACAAUUUACUAAAGUGCAGAUUGGACAUAGCUGUGGACCGUGAUGGACACAAUGGUGUGUCCAAUGGGUGGAGGGGCUACCAGGCUGUUCAGCCCACUCACUCAGAGCAGCAGCAGCUCUGCACUGGCCCUCCCUCCGCCUGCAGACACAAACCUGGACCCGGCUUUCUGCCAGGGGCAGAAGGCGUCCCCUCUAUGUCCCCCAAGUCCAGCGGAGCUGCUGCAGCAGUGUGAAGAGGCCCUGAGGGGCCGACCACCUCGCCUCCACAGGAAGUUCACCCACCUCAAUGAUGGAGACGGCGUCCCCAGCCGCUCCAUCAGGGUGAUGCAGUGGAACAUACUGGCACAAGCUCUGGGCGAGGGACUCGACAAUUUUGUUCAGUGUCCCCCGGAGGCCCUCAGCUGGUCCCGCAGGAAGUACCUCAUCUUAGAGGAGAUCCUCACCUACAGACCUCAUAUCCUGUGUCUGCAGGAAGUCGACCACUACCAUGACACCUUCCAGCCGGUUCUGGAAGGCCUCGGCUACAGCGGCAGCUUUUGCCCCAAACCCUGGUCGCCGUGCCUGCACGUGGAGGGCAACAACGGUCCCGACGGCUGUGCGCUGUUCUUCGACCGGUCGCGCUACGAGUGCCUCGAUAGCGUGAACCUAAAGCUCUCUGCCCUGCGGAUUCCAACCAAUCAGGUUGCCGUGGUGACUAUGCUGCGCUGUCGGAGCACAGGGAGACGCGUGUGCGUGGCGGUGACCCAUCUAAAGGCUCGUUCUGGCUGGGAGUGGCUCCGCAGCACCCAGGGCUCGGACCUCCUGCGACACCUCCAGAAUCUGGUCCAGAAGCACGCUGGCGAUCCUGCGGCGGCCCCCGGGUCAGACAUUCCGCUCCUCAUAUGUGGGGAUUUCAACGCGGUCCCCACCGAGGAGGUGUACCAACGUUUCAUCACGUCGCCUCUCCGCUUGGAAUCGGCCUACAAGAAGCUCAGCCUGGACGGCUUGACCGAGCCGGAGUACACGACUUGGAAGAUUCGGCCUACGGGGGAAUGCUGCAGCACUCUGGACUACAUCUGGUACAGUCGGGACACACUGAGAGUGGACACCGUUUUGGAAAUGCCCACUGAGCAACAGAUCGGGCCGAACAGGCUUCCGUCUUUCAGCUAUCCAUCAGACCAUCUCGCGCUGGUUUGUGACUUCAGCUUUAAGGAGGAGGAAGGAGAGGAUGAACCUGCACACAGGACGGGUCAGCAAUGAGAAGAAAAGGCGCAUAAGACGCCGUUUGGAAGGGACAAGCGGGGGGAGACAAGUUAGUUACACUUAAUAAAUGUAUAAAGUCACAGAAACACAUGCUGCAACAACAUAGCUACCUGCUCAGUGAAAGUGCUGGAUUGGAAACUAUAUAAAAUACACACAUUUCCAAUCCCCAAACUGUAGUAAAUGUUGUGCUCCGGACUGCAGAGUGACUGAGAAUAAAAUGAUUUUGCUGAA